AUGUCUGUCAACGGUGCAAGCAACGGCAAGGCUCCAGCUCUGGAUCCUGAGAAUGCUCCGCGCAGCACAGCCCACGGCCUGGUAAAGGUCCAACCUGCUCGUCUGUCCGAUCUUCAGCCCAAGUAUGCCGCGACAAUCGACCAUGGUGUGGAAAACCCGGAAGCGCAUGGAUGGUACUCCCAACUGAUCCACAACUUGGGUGCCUGCAUCGGUUUCUGUGGUGCCAUUCCCUGCUGCAUCUGCUGCCCCAACCCCUUCAAGCCAGUCGACCAAGGUCAAGUCGGUCUGGUUUCGCGAUUCGGACGUUUCGAACGCUCCGUGGAUCCCGGUCUGGUCAAGGUUAACCCUCUGAGCGAGCACCUGACAACCGUCGACGUGAAGAUCCAGAUUGUCGAGGUACCGCGCCAGGUCUGCAUGACCAAGGACAACGUCACUCUCAACCUCACCUCCGUUAUCUACUACCAAGUCACCUCGCCUCACAUUGCCGCCUUCGGUAUCUCCAACGUCAAGCAGGCCCUCGUCGAGCGCACCCAGACCACCCUGCGCCAUGUGAUCGGAGCCCGCGUCCUGCAAGACGUCAUCGAGCGUCGCGAGGAGAUUGCGCAGUCUACAUCGGAGAUUAUCGAGGAAGUAGCCGCUGGUUGGGGUGUGCAGGUCGAGUCGAUGCUCAUCAAGGAUAUCAUCUUCAGCAACGACUUGCAGGAUUCGCUUUCCAUGGCGGCUCAGUCCAAGCGGAUUGGUGAGAGCAAGGUUAUCGCUGCUCGUGCCGAGGUUGAGUCCGCCAAGUUGAUGCGCCAGGCUGCUGAUAUCUUGUCUUCUGCACCUGCCAUGCAGAUCCGUUACCUGGAGGCUAUGCAGGCUAUGGCCAAGACCGCCAACAGCAAGGUUAUUUUCUUGCCGGGUGUGAGCCAGAAUCUGAGCCAGCAGCUGGUUGAGAAUGCGGGGGAAGGCCCCAGCCACCAGUUUGACGAAGGAUUUCAACAGGCGAUGAAUGCUCGCGUGGUUGAAAACAUCUAG